AUGACGUGCGAGAGCUUCUGCGGGGAAGAGACGCUCGGAGGAAGAGCCAGGAUCCCCGGGCUGCGCGAGCAAGGAAGGCGGGAGCCCAUCCAAGCAAAGCUGGGAGGAUUUCACCUUGUUGCUGUUUGUUUGGGGAGAUUUUUCCCUUCCCCCGCCACGGACACUCUCCUGCUGAGCGUUUGUUUCCUUGUUGCUGCCGUAACCGGCCAGAAGAAAAACGCUUUACGUGUGAGAGUCAAUACCUCCACAAAAUGCAUUGACUUAGGUGGGGAUUGCAACACAGCGAGGCGUGCGGAGUGCUGCUGUCAGCUGGCGUGCAAAGUGGGUACAAACCAAAGACUCCUCGGCAACUACGGAGUGGGGCCCUCUGUCUCCCCCAGGCUCCGGGGCAGGGGAGGUGGACGAUGCUCCCAAGUCACCAAAGGGAGCCCGGCCGCGGGGCGCGGAAGGAGCAGUGACCAACGCGCCGUCAGCAGCGGCGGGGGGCCGAGCCGGACGGGGACAGCAAUCUUUGGGAGAAAGGUGGAUCGUGGAAUUGCCGCCCGGAGGAAUAGCUGGGCAGACGGCGUGAUGAUAAAGUUAAACUUGUGCUCCUUCUUCUGUCGGGGAUGGUGGGCGUUUCUGUUGCUCCAGGUCCACAUGUUGCAAGCACUGGCACAAGAUGAUGUUGCUCCGUACUUCAAGACUGAACCAGGCUUGCCCCAGAUACACUUGGAAGGAAAUCGCCUUGUGCUGACAUGCCUCGCUGAAGGCAGCUGGCCCUUGGAAUUUAAGUGGCUACGCAACGACAGCGAAAUAACCAACUAUUCCACUGAGUAUAAGUACAUCAUCCCAGCUUUGCAGAGGUCCGAUGCUGGUUUUUAUCAGUGUGUUGUACGGAACAGGAUGGGGGCGUUGCUGCAGAGAAGAUCUGAAGUUCAAGUGGCAUAUAUGGGAAAUUUUGUGGACGCAAACCAGAGAAAAACAGUGACUGAAGGAGAAGCUGCAGUUUUAAACUUCCUGCACAUAUUCAGCCAUCCGAGACCACAAGUGACAUGGUUUAGAGAUGGGCACAAGAUUAUACCAAGCAACAGAAU